UGAAGAGGAUCUUCCUCACUGACUCCACUGGGGAAAUUGUCUCGCUCGCCCCCUACAGGAAGAGCGCAGAAUGACAAUUGGAGUGUUUUGACGACUGCGAAAACCAGCUUCUGGAUCGCUUCCAACUUUUCUGAUCGAUUACUUGGAAUCACACAUUAAGUUAGUCUUUAUAGCCCGCUCCGCAGCAAGGAAUAUGCGUUUGUGACUUUGAAAUGUGGUUGUUUAUUUUCUGCCGAAUGGCUAUCUACGACUUGUAGUUGACGUUAUUUAGAUGGGGAAGCUGGCUGCCUCAGCACGGCACUUCCUCCCUUUCCCAGACGGCGCAAAACAAUUUAGACAUAAAUCCUCCUCCCCUGACCCAAGGAUACGUCACCGCUGCUGCUGCUGCUACUGACGCCGCUGCCGCUCUGCCAAGUGCGCAGCUCCGUGGACGCCCACCUCCCCCUAUUCCCCAACUCCACACCCCCCACCCCACGACAACAAGGUUAGCCCACAGCAGCAGCAGCAUGGCCCCGCAGAGCCGCCGCCGAGGGACUGCUCGGACAUCCAGCCGUCGUCAUGCAGACACCGAAUCUGCGUCACGACCAUAAACAGGGACGCGGGCGCUCCCAAUCCACGCGGGAUCAUCCUUCGAGGUUCCACACUUGACGAACACGCGUGGAUUUGAAGAGUAAUGGAGGUAAGCACCGCUGAAGCUUCAGCCCCGGCCGUCGUUGCCCCACCCGCCCCGAAACCUCAGCCGCCGUUAUACCUCGGCCCCGCCCACAGCCUACUGGAGUGGCGUCGGCGGGUCAGGUCCGAGUACAUGCGCCUUCGCCAGCUGAAGCGCCUUAAGAAAGCAGAAGAGGUCAAGGCCGUGUUUGUGUCCAACCGGGUCAAGAUUGAGAAGCAGACCAGCAUCCUGAAUGGGGAAUGGUCCAAUCUGAGGAUCCAGUCGGUGCCGUUGUCGAGCUCAGACGGCCCUGCGGCGACUAAGAAGAUGUGCACCGUGGAGUCCGGCUUCCCAGGGUUCAAAGUUCAGGCCGUGGCCAUGAGGCCUUUGUCGACAGUGACAGGAAUCCCCUUCAUGUACUCCUGGUCGCCUUUGCAGCACAACUUCAUGGUGGAGGAUGAGACAUUUCUGCACAACAUUCCCUACAUGGGUGACGAGGUAUUGGAGCAGGAUGAGGCCUUCCUGGAGGAAUUGAUUGACAACUAUGACGGCGUCCAUGGCGACAGAGGUGCGGUUUUUUUUUUUGUUUUUCUUCAAGCCACCAUUGCUUCACAUCUGCUCCGCUCAUUGCGACGUUGCCUUCCAGAAGGAGGCUUCAUCAGCGACGAAAUCUUUAAGGAGCUGGUGGAGGCCUUGAACCAGUACUCUGACCACGAGGACGAGAACGAGGAGGAAGCCGCGACAGCGGCGCCGACUGAAAAGAAGGAAGCCGAGCGAGCGAUCAGACGAAGCUCGACCGAGGGCGCUGAGGAGACCAAAGCGCCGUUCAACCGCAGGAAGAGGAGGAGCACUGUAGAGGUGCGGGACCCGUCCGGCAGCAAGAAGAUCCCCAGCGACAAGAUCUUCACUGCCAUCGCCUCCAUGUUCCCGUACAAGGGCACCAUGGAGGAGCUGAAGGAAAAGUACAAGGACCUCCUGGAACCCCCCAGCCUGGUCAAGUUGCCCCCACUCUGCACCCCCAACGUGGACGGACCUUUCGCAAAGUCAGUGCAGCGAGAGCAGUCGUUGCACUCCUUCCAUACGCUUUUCUGCCGGCGAUGCUUCAAAUACGACUGCUUCCUCCACCCUUUCCACGCAACACCCAACGUGUACAAGAGGAAGAGCAAAGAGAUCCGAAUGGAGACGGAUCCGUGCGGCGCCGACUGUUUCUUGUUGCAGAAAGGGGCGAAAGAGUUUGUGGAUCAGAACAUGUUGCGCUCGCAGAGGUUUCGCAAGAGGCGCAGGCACCAGCUGCAGCAGCAGCAGCAGCGUCCCGCCAGCGCAAGUUGCCCCGGACCGUCGGGCUUUGCCGAGGAGAGCAAAGACGGAGAAAGCGACCAUGAAACGACAUCCUCCUCAGACGGGAAUUCGCGCUGCCAGACCCCGACCAAGCUGCGUCCGGUCGACGACGAAGCGGAGCAGCCGGCGAGCUGCGCGGCGGAGUGGAGCGGCGCGGAAGAGUCGCUCUUCCGGGUGCUGCACGGCACCUACUUCAACAACUUCUGCUCCAUCGCACGCCUCAUCGGCACCAAAAACUGCAAGGAGGUGUACACGUUUGCAGUGAAGGAGGCGCUCAUCCACCGCGUCCCUCUGGAGGACGGAGGCAUCUUGCCACAGAAGAAAAAAAGGAAGCACAGGUUAUGGGCAAAGAUUCAGCUCAAGAAAGAUAACUCAUCCAAUCAGGUGUACAACUACCAGCCAUGUGACCACCCAGAUCACCCCUGCGACAGCACUUGCCCGUGUGUCAUCACACAGAAUUUCUGCGAGAAGUUUUGCCAGUGUGAGGACGAGUGCCAGAACCGCUUCCCGGGCUGCAGGUGUAAGACCCAGUGCAACACUAAGCAGUGUCCCUGCUACUUGGCCGUGAGGGAGUGCGACCCGGACCUGUGCAUGACUUGUGGCGCCGCCGAGCAUUGGGACAGCAAAGUGGUGUCGUGUAAGAACUGCAGCAUCCAGAGGGGCCUCAAAAAGCACCUCCUGUUGGCUCCAUCGGAUGUCGCCGGAUGGGGCACCUUCAUCAAAGAGCCUGUGCAGAAGAACGAGUUCAUCUCAGAGUAUUGCGGAGAGCUCAUCUCACAGGAGGAGGCGGACCGACGCGGCAGAAUCUACGACAAAUACAUGUCCAGCUUCCUUUUCAACCUGAACAAUGACUUUGUCGUUGAUGCCACAAGGAAAGGGAACAAAAUCCGCUUUGCCAAUCACUCGGUCAAUCCAAACUGCUACGCCAAAGUGGUGAUGGUGAACGGAGACCACCGCAUCGGGAUCUUCGCCAAGCGGUCCAUCAUGCAAGGGGAAGAGCUUUUCUUCGACUACAGAUACAGCCAAGCGGACGCCCUCAAAUAUGUCGGCAUCGAAAGGGAGGUGGAUAUGUCUUAGCCGACCAGCACCAUACAUAAAUACUGGAUAUCCUGUCCUUAACUUCUGCAGCCCUCCACUAGCGCCUCCGUCCCGUUUGGGGUCUUUCUGCAGCAUCGCACGUUGGCUCCGUCCUUUGAAAAUAGCGCCUCAAAAAAAAAAAAAAAAAAGAGGAAAAAAAGCAGCCCCUCCCUUCCUCGAUGUUUGCAGAUGCACUAGUCCCCCUCCCUUCCUUUCAUCCACCCAAAUGCACGAGUGUACACACCACGCUUGUCAACUUUAUACGAUUACAGUAGUCCGUGUUGCUAAGGGGUUUUUCCUUUGUGCUCGACUCAGGCAGCACUCGUAGUUAGCUUACAGGAUGUCCGUUUAGUUACAGCGAGCAGCGACCUGCAUGUGCUGUCUCUCGGGUAAAUAAAAUUCAGUAAACGAGUUUAGUUGGCAGUAUUUCGCGUCACGGUGUUGUCACAUGAUGAGGCUAAAAGUUGUGCAUUUAUGUCAAAAAUAUAAUAAUAGGCAAGGAACCGACUGAUUGAAUGUAACCCAUAGAUGGCAUUCGUUUUCAUUUUCAUUUAAAGGGGACAUAUUAUGAAGAAUUUACUUUGUCAUUGCUUGUAAACAAAUAGUUGGCCUUCUGGAAAGUAAAUCUUUUUUCCUGCGUAUUUAUGAAAAUGUGUCCUGGGGUGUGCCAUUCACCAACUUUCUCUACUCAUGACUUAGUCACCGGGUUGAUGAAAGAUUGCUCGUUUUCAAGCAACAGCCGUACUGCAAUGUCAAAAGAUAAGCCGAGAUGCAGUGUUAGCUCAGAUUAGAACCGCCCUCCGACAACCAAGUGAUUUCAACCAGAGUGUGACAAGUUGAUGUUAAGUGUGCUGUAAUUCUUUAUCCUUUGUGUAUUUUGACUGAAGAAUGUCAGAGAUGUUUUAAAGACACCCGAGAGCUUCUUUAAAUUGUGAAAUAAAAAUGAAUAAUAUGUCUCCUUUAACGCAGUUAACCUGUUGAUUGGUCCUUGAAGCAGUUGUUGUAUUUAGCUGAAAGGCAAAUAAUUAAUAGACAAAUGCAGCUAAUGUCUUCCUGGUUCCGCACUAGAGUUUAAAUGAGUAUUAGGCCCAUACUGAAAUUUAAAUAGUUAAAUUUAAUAAUAAAAAUGUGACUGAGAAUAAAUUUGCAUUAGCCUUUUUAGAGCGUCAUUUUAUG